ACAAGAUCCAACAAAUAAUAUGAAACAAGUUAACUAAAAACCUUACCAAGAAGUGAUGGAGGGGUGAUUUUAUUUAUGAAUAAAAACAUGAUAGUCAACCGUCUGAAGUCUCCCCAGUGUUGGGGAUGCAAAAGGAGCGGCGAUGGGGCUCUCUUCGCCUUACCAGAUUGUAUCAUCUUGCCUUAAAUUCGGGUUUUUCCUUUGUCGUUUUUGAAUUGUUGUUAUACUUGGAGUUGUGGAAGGGAGUUCCCUAGUAGGAUUUGUUAUGUCUCUGUUCACUGUGCCUUGGAUGAGUUCCUUCAAACCAGCGCAUGCGCUUGGGAUAGUUGUUGUUGCAGUGGCAGUAGGGUGAGUUAGGAUAGCGGUAGAACCCCAAUUCUCUUCUUGGGGAUUCCUCUUCAUUUCUUGAGAAUCUGCGUGUUGCAUAUCUUGAUAAUCCGGAUGAAAAUUUACCAAAUUGAUGGUGAAAUUUCAAUGAGAGAAGCAGUAGCACUGGGCAUUGGCGCUAGAGAGCUAUUGUCAAUUGAGAGGGAAUGUGUAGCCUUUGUUGUGGAUGUUUUAGAGGAAACUGGGAUAUCAGGGAGUUCAAGAUGUGAGUAUAUUCCUCUGCACACUUCGCCCUAAAUUUGGUUUCUUAUGAAGUAUGCAUCCCAGCCCUCCGUCCAAGCUUUCCAGAUCCGAGAUAAAGGGAAAACUCCUACAUUCUCAAAGACAGUUACAGCAAGCGGCACUUUUAGAUAAUAUUUUGGAAGAAUAUAUUGGAUUUGAUGAAGAGAUAGUUGGUCUUGCUCAACGCGUAAAGCAAGUUCUUCAAAAAUCACAUGAGAUGCAAAGCAAUGUGGAGUCUCAUAUAAGGGAAAGAAUGAAAAGAUAUGGUAAUGAAACUAAGUUUGUUGUAAAAAUGCUUGCUGAUGAAGUUGUCAAGGGCUUCCCAGAAAUUGAGUUAAAGUGGAUGUUUGUAAACAAAGAGGUUGUUGUUCCAAUGGCAGUUGCCAUUCACUUAUAUAUCAUGGCUGGAAGAAAUGGAGUAAGGAAGUCAAAAGAGACCUCAAAAGAAAGUUGAUGGAAGAUGUUGACUUUGGUAAAAAAUAUGUUGCUGAAAGGCAGAUGUACCCCAUGUGGCUAUGCCCACACAGAAUUUACACGCUCCUGUUGAGAACCAUGAUAUAUACGGAACCUGGAUUUGAGUUGCACAAAAGGCAAGGAGACACGAGCUAUGCCCAAAUGUACACUGAUAUUGGAGUGUACUAAGCACCUGGCCGGCUGGCCAUGUCCUUAGGGGUGACGUCUUUGACGGUUCAUUGGCAGUGUGGCUUUUAGAGAAUCAGUUGAUUGAGAACCACAGGUUCCAACCACAAUAUGGAGUGUCUGAGUUGUCGGAAAAGAGCUUCUGGAGGAUGUUUGAUGAUGGGCUCUAUUUUGAGAGAAAGUUUUGUGGGAAGUGAAGUGAGUUGGAU